CGGACAAUUUAAACUCUACCGCAAUGAGUUUCACAGAGAAGAACACAGACACACAAGACAGGACUCGAGAAUCCAUCGAAGAUCACACGCAGCUAUCAAACAUACCCAUACCGUUAGAUGACAAUAGAAGCGGUAGCGACACGAAUAGCUUAUCGUCGAGUGAUUCAAGUAUUGGACACAAAACCUUGAACGGUACGAGUUCCUCUACUCUGAACAGCGAGGGUAUAAACUCUGAUACCGAUGAUCUCAAUUCUAGCGCUGAAGGCCUUCUCGGUGAUACUAAACCCAAAACACUAUCGUUCGAGCACAAUGCAGUUGUUUCGGGUGGUGACAAUAAGUCGGUUGUGCCCAAAAAGAAAGGACUAACAUAUGUCGAGAAUCUACAGAACUACCACGGCGAAACUGUGGAUGAGAAGUUGAUAUCAUUUAUUACGGACUCUCCGGUGGUUAUGUUUUCGAAAUCAGAUUGCGAAUUUUCGAAAGAAGCGACGAAGAUAUUUACUACGCUACAGGCUUGUGUAUACGUGGUAGAACUAGAUCGGAUGGGUGGCUACGGUGAAAGUAUUCUCAACGCAGUCAAAAGAAUAUCGAACUUGAAAACGGUGCCUGUUAUAUAUAUCAAUGGUACUCCGAUCGGAGGAUGCACACAACUUAAAGCACUAGAGGCGUCGGGGGAACUUGUACGGAUACUACGAACUGGCGAAUCCGACUUUCUGGAUCAUAGACAAAUAUCCGACGUCGUGCUCUUCAACGAUCAGGAUAGGCCGUGGGAAGACCUGCUAAUGCGGCCCCUCUUUGGCUUUCCAGAUACACUCAACAAUCACGUAGUGCGGAUGAAGGCUCUUUUGGUAUUCUGUAUAGGCGUUUUGGGUGCUGUCUUUUGGGACUCGCAAGCAAUGCACUGGGUCGUAGCAAUUCUGCUUUGCGAUUUCUUGCUCACCUUUCUUUUCGGUGGCACUCUGUCUCCGCUGUCCAGUUUUUCGGAGAUUGCAGUACAUAGACUGCCUAUGCAACCCGUUAGCGGCCCUCCAAAACAAUUCGCUGCCUUCUGUGGUAUCAUUUUCACCACUACAUCGACUGCACUCUUCUUCGGGGGUUCAGGGGGCAAGACCACCAAUGUAAUCGGCGCAACAUUUUGCGGUUUGUUGGCUAUUGCGGCUGGAUUAGAAAGUUUCCUCGACUUUUGUCUUGGGUGUAAAUUCUUCGGAUUGCUAGUGCGUAUAGGACUUAUACGGAAGUCAGUAUUCAAGUUUCACAUUCACCGCAAUGAGGAGACUGCUCAGCUGUGGAAAUCAAUUCACGUGAAGCAGGAAUACCCCGAGGCUGAGAAACAAACAGUUUCCACAGCUUCGCGCGAAACGUUUCGCCCUGAUGGAAUUCCACUUCUCACUCCGGCGGCUUACCAGUACAAGGUGAAGGAGGUUGAUGAAUGGCAGCAUAAGUUUAAUGUUGUGCGCUAUGUGCAGAUUGCAUAUUUUAUGUGGCCCCUCGCUUUGACUUCGUGUGCAGUAGCGUUCUUCACAACGGAAACAACUUUGCCAUGGAUCUGGCAAACUAUCGGUGUUGGUGCUGCAGGCAACUUUGCCAUGCUGUUGGGCUUGUACGUCGUUCGGAUGGUAAUGUAUCCUCGUAAAGUGCACAAGGAGUGGGCUUGCUCUAAGCGGGGACCCAUGUUUGGCUUAAUAUUUAUUACAGUGUCCCUACUAUCUAUCCUUCUCCGACACUUUACGCUAACAGGGGGUACUAUCUUCGCAUGGAUUGGUGUUGCUGCACACCUUAGUAUGUCGAUUGUAAUCGUCGCCAGAUGGAUUGGAAGGAGUCACGACUGGGAACACAUAGACCACACGUGGCUUAUAGUACCCGUAGGGAACUUCAUCACUAGCGCUGUACUCGUGUCAGGAGACCCCGAGUUCUUUGAAUUCGGUCUCUAUCUUUUUGGCUUUGCUUUGCUGAUGUGGCUGAUGCUUUUCGCCAUCACACUGCAAAAACACAUCACUUCUGCAAACGCCGAUGAACGAUUGCGGGGCAAUGUAUUUCUUUGGGUCGCCUCCCCUGCUAUUGCUUCGUAUGCAUGGACAACAAUUAGUGGUACUGGGAUGGAUCUGUUUUCACGCGUGCUGUUCGGAUUCAGCAUAAUUCUCCUGUGCUGUCUAUUGUACACCGUGUUUCCCAUGAAGGUUACAUUGAAUGGGGAUACAGAGAAGCUCUCAAUGUCUGUCCAUGGAGUGGCGUUCGCAAUCAACGCUGUUGCUCUCACUGCCAUUUCCAUCAAUACCAUUGAUGACACGAUCCUUAGUCGUUGGCUAGCACAUGUACUACUAAUCACCGGCUCUUGGUUAACAGCCGUGUACUCCAUCCAGAGCAUAGGUAGUAUUAUCGAGAAAAGACUUUUCCGACCGGAAGGCAAAUGGGGACCAUUCUCUGCCUUCAAUACACUUGUACAUGAAUCGAUCAGAGGUAUGUCUGUGAAGCUCAUGACGCUGUCGGAGGAUCCAAAGGCGUGUAUUAAUCCUGAAUUUUUACAGCUACUGGACUUAUUCGAACGUGUACACAACGUACACGCGCAACAAGAGGAUGAGUUUGUGUUCCCCACUCUCCACCAAUACGUACCGGAGCAUUCCGUACAUGCUGAAGAUGAUCAUAUUCAACACCGCGAGGCAUUCGGACUGAUUGGAAAGAUUGUUCGUGCUGGUUCUCAAGAGCGGGCAGACAAGGCGAAAGGGGACAGCGAUGCUCACUUUUUGUUACAAACAGAAUUGCGAGCCCUAGUUUCUGAUUUGAAACAUCAUAUGGAUUGGGAAGAGCAACAUCUACAACCAAUCAGUCGCAAAUAUGUGCCCGUGCAAAUGCAGAAGACCAUAGUGCGGCAAAUGUGGGAGAGUGUAGCUGCUAGUGAAUGGAGGGUGCUGGUGCCUGUACUGAUUAGGUACAUGCCUUACCAUUAUCAACGUGUUCGAUGGUGUCGAUCUCUUCUGUGGGCGAUGCCAGAGAGAGGUGAACAAAUUGGAUUGUACCUUUAUCACGGCUUGUCCGAUGUUUAUUGGGCAGCAUUGCUCACAGAUGUGCCAGAACUUGCCCCUCGAUCCAGGGGCUGGACACAGUGGUGGGGAUGGUUCCGAUAUUACUAG